AUGCUAACGGACGGCACAUACAAGCCCGGCGAGCAUGAGAUAGUCGUCCACACCAAUUGUCUUCUUCCAAUGCCGCACGGCGAGGCGUGCAGAGACGACCAGCCAGCUCAGUCCGAGCAUGACGGACGCAACAAUGAGGGAUGUGUAUCCCUGGCCCCCGACUUGGCCCAUCUUGCUUUCGGCCUCCGAGCCGGAGUGGUGACGAAUUAG